CAACGAGGCGCAGAGGUGUCGAGAGCGACACUAUACCACCGCCGCGCACCACCAAAAACCGCAAUUCAACCCUUUUUCCGGCGGGUAGAAUAAUAUCCAAGUGUACAUAAAAUCCCACAGUGCGUGUUGUUUUCCAGUGUUGGUUUCAGUGAAAAGCUCCAAAAGGAUGACCCUUGAGUGGAUUCCAUCGCCCAUGGGCAGUAUAUGAAUUUUCAAGUUGUAUCCGUGGAAGAUAUCCAAAGGGAUCUGAGGAUAGUUGAGUGUUGAGUUAAAACUUUCUUGUGCGGUUGACCCGGAAAAAAGCUCGGUGCCUGGGUGAGCACUGGACGGCCAAAUGCGUUUCGAAACUGCCCUCGAUCACCACCUGGCCAGCAGCAAUACGAGCAUCGCGACGAUCAACAGCGGCGGCGGCGAGAGGCAGACGACGAUGGCGUACCACCCCUUCCUGCAGCUGCCAAGACAGACGGACUUCUCCGUGAGCAGUCUGCUGACCGCCGCGACCAACAACUCCUCGGGAGCUGGUGCCGGUGGUGGUCGGGGUGCGAGUUCGCCGUCGUCAACGUCCCCUGGAGGUGCGGGAGGUGGUGGAGGUGUUCAGAAUACCAACGAGAGGAGAGAUCAUAGCGCUGGUGGAACUCCACCGAGUGGAUACUUCCCGGCGGCGGCGUUAGCUGCCUUCGGAGGGCAGAAUCCACAUGCUUGUUAUCCGGGGACGUUGAUUCCCAAAUUGGGACAUCCGCAUCAUCCGCAUCUGUCGGGGCAUCCGUAUACCACUGCUGAGGAUGUAGUGUUGGCGGCGGUGGCGGCACAUCAGCAUCAUCCGGCUAUGGUGAGGCCGUUGAGGGCGAUACAACCGGAAGAGGAUGGUGUGGUGGAUGAUCCGAAGGUUACGCUUGAAGGGAAGGAUCUUUGGGAGAAGUUUCAUAAGUUGGGGACGGAGAUGGUCAUCACCAAAAGUGGAAGGCGCAUGUUUCCUGCCUACAAAGUGCGUGUAUCGGGCCUUGAUAAAAAAUCCAAAUACAUUCUGCUAAUGGACAUCGUGGCCGCUGACGAUUGUAGAUAUAAAUUCCACAACAGUCGUUGGAUGGUCGCUGGGAAAGCCGACCCGGAGAUGCCGAAACGGAUGUACAUCCAUCCGGACAGCCCGUCCACCGGCGAGCAGUGGAUGCAGAAAGUGGUCUCCUUCCACAAGCUGAAGCUGACGAACAACAUCAGUGACAAGCACGGCUUUACGAUACUGAACUCAAUGCACAAAUACCAGCCGCGGUUUCAUCUUGUGCGAGCGAAUGAUAUUCUCAAGCUGCCCUACUCAACCUUCCGGACGUAUGUCUUCAAAGAGACCGAAUUUAUUGCUGUUACUGCUUAUCAAAAUGAGAAGAUAACCCAAUUGAAAAUCGACAAUAAUCCAUUUGCGAAAGGAUUCCGCGACACCGGAGCCGGCAAGCGGGAAAAGAAGCAGGCGUUGCUGGCGUCUCGGCAUCCGGAUGAGAAGACGUCGCAUCCGCUGCCGGCGCGCAUGUCCGCCGACAGCUCCACCGUCUCCAAGACGGACGACUCGGAAUUGGAUGUUGUGGGUACUGCUGAUAGCCCUAGACCUAGUUUGCAUCCGCAGACGUCGAUUGCUUCAAUGAAUCUCUCAGGACAUGAAGACGACAUUAGACGCCGUCUCCACGACGAUUCCGGUUCAGAAUCCUCCUGCUCCGAGUCCCCGAGCACAGCCUUCCGACCUCGCGGGUCCUCACCAACAAAAGACGGCCCAGGCCCCUCAAACCCCGGUGAAUACCCAUCACCCAACAUCUCAGUAGGCCCUCCAAUUCACCCACCACCUCACCUCUUACCCUACCUAUACCCCCACGGUAUGUACCCAGGUGCGGGUGCACCAUCUCCAUUCGCACCACCCCUGUCGCUCUUCACCGGCGCACACAACCCAACCAUGAACCCAUCACUCCUCUUCAACGCUCAGCUGGCCCUCGCCGCUCAACAUCCAGCAUUAUUCAGCCACUACUCUAAUCUAGCGCAUCCUAACCCCCACCACUUAUCACCUACCUCUCUACACAACCACCUGAAGGGCGGCCAUCGCUUCACACCAUACACACUGCCCUCUGGUGGCGGUGGCGGCGGUGGAGCAGCAGGUGCAAUGUCUUCUCCACUCGGCAGCGCCUUUGAAACUGUCACUCCCAGCAGUCAUCAUACUCGUUCCCUAAGCAACUCGCCGAGUAGUCGUACCAUUCGUGGAGGGUCAACCACACCACCACCGGUGAGGUCCAGCACGGUUUCACCCAAACCCGAAACUGCCGCCAGCCCUAAUGAUUUGAAAAGUAUCGAGAAGAUGGUCAACGGUCUCGACGUAAAGCAAAACAACAACGAUGAAAAAGUGGAUAAACCGAAUCAAUAAUAGUGAAUGAACCACACAGAAAAAAAAAACAAUUAUUAAAAACUAUAUUAAAAUAAACAUUAAAGGUGUGUCCGUACUCACGAAUCACAAAGUGCUUUUUAAAACUACUCAACCUACUCAAACUUUGAUGCAAAUUAAACAAAUUUAAUUGUAAUAAUUGAGGAGAAACAAAAAAGUACAAAUUUUAUUAAAUUAAAUAAUUCCAAUUCUUGAGUAAGUAAUAUAAACAGUGUGUAAUGCAGCAGGAACUAAGCGAUGGUGGUGCUUGCGGGCAGGAGUGGGGGAAAAAUGAAAUUUGUAUAAAUGUAAAGUGAUAUUUCUAAACAUUUUUUGACAGAUUAUUGCAAAUACCUCAACCAAACAUCAUCACCUUUGGGAAACUUAUAAAAAUGUGUAAAGACAAGUUUUUCAAAUUGCGAGGAAUGUAAAAGUGUAUAAAGUCCUAGGUUUAAACAUUGUACUGUAUACAUGAUGAGAGAAUUACUACGCGAGUGAGAGAAUGUGAGCGGGUCGCGAUGGUUUUACUUGACGCAAGAAAUUUUUUAGUUUUUUAUUGAUUACUCGAAAACUAACAGAGAUAACGAUUUAAUUCUUUCAGUGUUUGAUAAAGUAAUAAAUUUUACAUAUAAUUCAGCAAAUGUUUUGAUGUUUAAAUUGAUAAACACAUAGUUAUUGCAAUUUGAAAUUGACUAUAAAAAUUUUUAUAAUUUUUUUACAAAUUGCUUGAUAACUAUUGAUAAAAAAAUGUUGUCACUUAUAUCAAAAACAAAAUUGAUGUAAAAUUUAAUGCUUAACAAGAAUCUCUAUAAAUUUUUAAUUUAUCUCAAAUAGUUUUUGAGUUAUUCUCGAAAAACCAAACAAAACGAUGAAAAAUUUACUUUUUGCGUCAAAUAAAUGCAUCUGUGACUAUAUAAAUGUAAAUUAAAUUGUAAAUGUAUAUUAAGCGACGACAACUUUCAAAAAGUUCCUUUUUUAAUGUGUAAAUCUAGCUGAAAAGAUAACAUUUUGAUUCAUCUUUCGACUAAUGAACAAUUUAAAUUUUAACGCGAUUUGAUAACGAUAACGCAAUUAGAGGUUAUACGAAUAUUUAAUUUGUGCGUUCGAAAUUGUUGCUCUCCAGUAAGAUAAUACUUUAAAAUGUUUUGACGACGAGCUGGCAGGUGAUGUGUGGAAAAUCGAUGAAAAUAUUUGCUUGCAAUAAUAAAAAUAUAAGACGAAAAUUUUAUCAGGAA